CUCGAACGACCUCUUUUCGCUAACCAACGUCGCAGCCGCGCCGUUUCCCGCCGCGUAACUCCAUACGAACUCAUGAUACUUUACAAUUGUUGUUAAGUACUGUAAACUACACAUUUCGAGUGUUAUUUUUUAUUAUGUGAUGGUUGUCUUUGAGGCAUGGGGCGGGGCGGCGCGAGGUGCGCGGGCGGCGAGUCCACCGCCGGCUGCGUAGGCGCACCAUGGACUGCUGUAAGUACGGCGAGCUGCGGCGCCACGGGCAGUACGCGGCCUGGGAGGGCUACGGCUACGCGCCGCCCUACGCGCCCUACGCGCCCUACGCGCACGCCUACUGCCCGCCGCACGCGCACGACCCCUACGCCCGCUACUAUCGCUACGACUACCCUGCCGCCGCCGCCGCCGCGCAUACGCACCACAAUGAACACGCUAUGCCUAUGGAUUAUGGAGCGUACGUCAGCAAGGAGUCGCGCGCGCGCCGGACGCUGUCUCGCAGGGACCAGCGUGCGCACACAGCGCAUCACCUGCCACUCCCGCACACGCCGCCUUCAGAAUGCGGCGGCUUAAACGGCCGCAGCGGCGGCUACUGCGAACCGCAGAUGUGGCCGCACUACCAGAUGGGUAUGAUGGGCGGCGGGGGCGGAGGCGGAGGCUGGGGCGUGGCGCACGCCGGCUCAUGGGCCUCGCGUAGUGUGUGCUCCAGGGACCAGAUGCGGUACAUUCCCAACGACGCUCGAAUGAUCAAGGGUCCGUAUUUAAGUCAUUCGAGUCAGCUGUGCCCUCCCGAAGGAAGGUCUACGCCGUACCCCAUGUACGAAGAUAUGUCUUACAGGAGCGACAACGGGAAGCUUAAAGGCAUGAUGGAGUACCCGGCAAGGAGCGCGCCACAGGCUGAGGCGCCGCGAGCGAUGCGCGAGUGCGCGGUCAGCUCGCCGCACCGUUCGCCGCCCGAGGAAAAACGACCUCCCGUGGUGCCGCUGCCCGCCUUUCAGCAGGCCUUUGGCUCCACCGAGAUCGGCAAGUUCGCGGAGGCGUUCAGUCGCGCCGAAGCGGUGCACGAGGUCGACGACAUCUCCAACGAGAAUUUCGUGUACGAUGGCUUCCAGGACUGGGAGGGGCCGCCUGAGUCCCAAUGGGCUGCGCCACCCUCCGCGCGGGAGAUAAAAUGCGAGGAUAACUAUUGAGAAAGGUCGCGUCUCGUGACGCACUCGGCGAUACGCCUCUUAGCAAAAUUUAGACAAUUUGUAGUUCCACCACCAUGUUGCCAAAGAGUAAGUAGUUCGACUUCGAUCGUAAUAAUCGACGUCGUAGAACUAUAGGAUGUGAUAACAAUUUUUUUAACAUGUACGAGAUUAGUUCGACGGAUAAAUAGUGGUGUGGCGUUGAAUUCAUAUACAUAUUAUAUUAUAAUAUUUAGUAGAAUAUUAAUUAGUUAUUCCUUUUAACUAGUUUUAGUAUUAACCUAAAGUGGGUGAACCCUGUUAUGUGGAAGGUGGGAAAUAGUAGGUAGGUACUGCAAAAAAAAAAUCAUAUGAAUCAUGAUUCAAUGUGCCUUUAUUCGGAUAGGCCGGCCGCCGCCCCCGCCCGCCCGCUGCGCGACGUCAAACGAUCACAAUAGCAAUCAUAGGGACCAACGUUUAGACAAAUAUACACCCCGCCCGGUCGCGUGAACCUUCUGUACGCAAUAAGCUCAACGAAAUAUUUUGUCUCCAGGGAGUUGAACGAAAUUUAUUAAAACCUAGCUAAAUUACAUUUAAAUAGAUAAUU